CCUGAGUGGGUUCAUGUUUGUCUUUAAAGAGCUGCUCUGAUUCUCUUUGUGUCUGAUCUGUUAAACAGUCUGAGAGGUCACACAGAGACCCAGCAGCUAAAGCCUGGAUCAUACUGGCUGCUGUUACUCCAUCAGGACAACACUGAACCACAGUGCUGUUCAUGGAAAUCAAUCAGUGAACUUUACACUGUAUUACCAAAAGUACUGACUCGCCUGCCUUCACAGAUGUAAACUUGAAUGACAUCAUAUUCUGAAUCCACAGGGUUUAAUAUGAUGUCAGCCAAGAGUUCAACAUAUAACAGCUUAAACUUUUCUAAAAAGGUUUUUUCACAGGUUUAAAAGUGUUUACGGGGAUUUUUAACGGUUCUUUCAGAAGCACAGACACAGGGAAGCAGCAAAACUGACUGAACACAGCUUUUAGAGGCUAAAUUCACAUUUUAAUAAUGAAAGUGGCUUCAUUUGUGUGUGUGUGUGUGUGUGUGUGUGUGUGUGUGUGUGUGUCCAUGGUUCCUCCACAGAGGGGACCAGCAGAGCUCAGAGGUUCCCAGUGGUCAGUCUGCCCAGCAGCAUCAAACACAGCUGGACUCCAUAUUUAUGCUGCUGGAGGACAACAUCAUCACUUUUGUGAAGAACGAGCUGAAGAAGAUCCAGAAGGCUCUGAAUCCAAAUAAGCCCCAGUGUUUGGAGUUUCAGAGGGAGGAUGAUGAGCAGAGCAGCAGCAGAGAGGCAUUUGUGAAGAUCACAGUGGACUUCCUGAGGAGAAUGAAGCAGGAGGAGCUGGCUGACCGUCUGCAGAGCACUGCAGUUUGUCAUCGUAACCUUAAAUCUGCACUGAAGAAGAAGUUCCAGUGUGUGUUUGAGGGCAUCGCUAAAGCAGGAAACCCAACCCUUCUGAAUCAGAUCUACACAGAGCUCUACAUCACAGAGGGAGGGACUGCAGAGGUCAAUGAGGAACAUGAGGUCAGACAGAUUGAAACAGCAUCCAGGAAACCAGACAGACCAGAAACAACAAUCAGACAAGAAGACAUCUUUAAAGCCUCACCUGGAAGAGAUGAACCAAUCAGAACAGUGCUGACAAAGGGAGUGGCUGGCAUUGGGAAAACAGUCUUAACACAGAAAUACAGCCUGGACUGGGCUGAAGACAAAGCCAACCAGGACAUCCAGUUCAUAUUUCCAUUCACUUUCAGAGAGCUGAAUGUGCUGAAAGAGGAAAAGUUCAGCUUGGUGGAACUUGUUCAUCACUUCUUUACUGAAACCAAAGAAGCGGGAAUCUGCAGCUUUGAAGACUUCCAGGUUGUGUUCAUCUUUGAUGGUCUGGAUGAGUGUCGACUUCCUCUGGACUUCCACAAAACUACAAUCCUAACUGACCCUAGAAAGUCCACCUCAGUGGAUGUGCUGCUGAUAAACCUCAUCAGGGGGAAACUGCUUCCCUCUGUUCGCCUCUGGAUAACCACACGACCUGCAGCAGCCAAUCAGAUCCCUCCUGACUGUGUUGGCAUGGUGACAGAGGUCAGAGGGUUCACUGACCCACAGAAGGAGGAGUACUUCAGGAAGCGAUUCAGAGAUGAGGAGCAGGCCAGCAGGAUCAUCUCCCACAUCAAGAAAGCUCGAAGCCUCCACAUCAUGUGCCACAUCCCAGUCUUCUGCUGGAUCACUGCUACAGUUCUGGAGGAUGUGCUGGAAACCAGAGAGGGAGGACAGCUGCCCAAGACCCUGACUGAGAUGUACAUCCACUUCCUGGUGGUUCAGGCCAAAGUGAAGAAGGUCAAGUAUGAUGGAGGAGCUGAGACAGAUCCACACUGGAGUCCAGAGAGCAAGAAGAUGAUGGAGUCUCUGGGAAAACUGGCUUUUGAUCAGCUGCAGAAAGGAAACCUGAUCUUCUAUGAAUCAGACCUGACAGAGUGUGGCAUCGAUAUCAGAGCAGCCUCAGUGUACUCAGGAGUGUUCACACAGAUCUUUAAAGAGGAGAGAGGACUGUACCAGGACAAGGUGUUCUGCUUCAUCCAUCUGAGUGUUCAGGAGUUUCUGGCUGCUCUUCAUGUCCAUCUGACCUUCAUCAACUCUGGACUCAAUCUGCUGGAAGAACAACAAACAACCUCGAUGUUUAAACAUCAAUCUUUCCAUCAAAGUGCUGUGAACAAGGCUUUACAGAGUCCAAAUGGACACCUGGACUUGUUCCUCCGCUUCCUCCUGGGUCUUUCACUGCAGACCAAUCAGAGUCUCCUACGAGGCCUGCUGACACAGACAGGAAGUAGCUCACAGACCAAUCAGAAAACAGUCCAGUACAUCAAGGAGAAGCUCAGUGAGAAUCUGUCUGCAGAGAAAAGCAUCAAUCUGUUCCACUGUCUGAAUGAACUGAAUGAUCGUUCUCUAGUGGAGGAGAUCCAACAGUCCCUGAGAUCAAGAAGUCUCUCCACAGAUAAACUGUCUUCUGCUCAGUGGUCAGCUCUGGUCUUCAUCUUACUGUCAUCAGAAGAAGAUCUGGAUGUGUUUGACCUGAAGAAAUACUCUGCUUCAGAGGAGGCUCUUCUGAGAAUGCUGCCAGUGGUCAAAGCCUCCAACAAAGCUCUGUGA